AUGAGUGGGGUAGAGGCAGCUAGCCUGGAGUUGUUCUCUAUGUUUAUUGAGAACAAUGUGUCUUGUAAUGUUUUUGACAAGUGUGUGAAAAUGAUGAAUAAGUAUAUGGCAGAAUGUGGAUUGUCUGUCAUCAAUUCACUGAUGUCUUACUACAAGAUAGACACGCUUCUAAGACAAGAAUAUACUGGCCGUCCUGUCAUGGAUGACAUGUGUAAAAAAGAAUCCAAUGGCAAGAGGAAGGCUGUCGAUUGGAUAGACUUUCUCUUGUUUGUUGUUCCAACAAUUGUCAUUGAUCAUUUCGUUUUUGAUCGUACGAAAGCAGCAGUGAUGAAACUUGUUACUGCAUGCAGAAUUGCCCAGCAGUGGAGGAUCACUGCUGCCAAUAUCCAAGAAACAGAGGAGGCCAUUGGUUGCUGGCAUGCCUUCCUCCAUUGUGAGAUCAAAGAAAAGAGGCUGAAGCCUACAGUUUUCGUGAUGAUCCAGCAUAUAUUAGUUCAUCUUGGCUAUAUGAUGUGGGAGAUGAGCCCUCUGCGGGCAUAUAGUUGUAGGCCAAUUGAAAGGACAAUCGGUGUCUACAGCACAGCAAUCAAGUUGAGAAAGAAAUCAGGAAAGAACAUGGAGAAUCUCUUGCUCAGAAAGGCAGCAAUCAAUCACUGUCUUGGUUGCUGGCCUGUCAUUUGUGGCAAAAAUGACAGAAGGACCAGCAACUUCGAGGCCACUCGAAGCUCUCUGGCUGAGUUGGCUACCGCCAUUGGCAUAGAGUGCCAGAACUUGGUCCGCAGUUUGGUGCCUUUCUGGGCAAGAGAAGGCAUUGUUUCCUUUGAAGAAAACGAUGAAGUGGUUUGCGCCAACAAGAUGUGGAAAGAUUUGGUGGUCUAUAGAGCCUGGUCCUCUGUUGACAGCAGGCAUGGUCGAGCAAACAAUCUUGCUGUGCUCAACAAUGCCAGGGAAGUGACAAGACUCUUUGCGGCCAUUGACUAUCUUUCUGAUGUUCAACGUGUGAACCAAAAUCUUUUCCCUGCGUGGGAUAGCCUGGCAUCUGAUUUGGUGAAGGUGGUGGACGUGAAGUCUAUCAAGGGGAUUGCUGGCCUCGUCCAUGACCCAAACAACAAGGCCAUUCGGCACAUUAUCUGGUCUUCGCCAAAAUACAACCAAUAG